AUGUGGCAAAACAUUUCAAAUAAUUCCUUUACAAACUCAUGUCUUCACAGACUUGAUGAUUAUUUCCACCAUGGAAGUUCGCCAGGCUCACCACAGAUUAUUCAAAGUGACACUAUCCAAAGUGAUUUUGGAGCAAAUGCUUUAAAUAAGACAUGUUCUUUUCCAAUCAACACGCAGUUUUAUCCAGGAAGAGAUAUUGACUAUAUUAAUGCUCCGAGAGACCAAGAGAGAAUUCAUAAUAGCUACAAGAGCUUUCUAAAUAUGGACAGGGUGAUGCCCUGGAUGUCAACAAUUGAAUCAUUUAACUUACCAAACAAUAAUCAACUUUCUUCACGUCCCCAUUCACCUCCCAAUAUUAUGAAUCAAAGCCAUCAAUUUAGUCUAAAUUCGAGUUCUAGUCAAAAUCCAAGUCUGAACUCAACUCCAAAUGCAAAUAAUCAAUACCAAAAUCCUCAACAACAAAUAAUUCAGAACUACAGCCGUGUAGAUGAUUUUAAGCACUUGGAUAAAAUUAACUUAUUCACUGAAAGACAUACUCAAUUUGGACUGAAUAAUGUUUUUAAUACAUCUCCAGUUAAGAGUGAUACAUCUACAGCGACUCCCUCAUCAAUGAGGUCUAUAAUUAACGAUGGGUUUUUUAACAAUUAUCAAGAUGAUAGAAAGUCUAGCAUUCAGAGCUACUUUUCAUCAGGGGGAAGCAAUCACCAUGGAUACGGUUUAAGCAUUGGUGGAGGCAAUAACAAUGGUAUUAGUUGCAAUGGAAAUAAUGUUGCAUUUACUUCUAAUUUGGGAGGGUUAAGUUAUGGGAUAAUGGAACAUUAUCGUUCGGGAGAUGUUCCACCUUUAAGUUUUAGUUGUUUUGAUAAGAAUAGAAAUGAAGCUUACUAUACCCAAGCAAGCAAUCUUUUGAAGAUUCUGAGUCCGUCUUGGAUUCUUUGCAUUGAUAUUGCAGCCAUUUUACUUACUAAUACAGACAAUAAGAUGGCAUUAAGCAACAUUGGUCCUAAACUUUCAUGUUUCGCCAGAGAUGCUUUAAGGCAAAUUAAGCAAAAGAAACUUUCAAGAUUUAUUAAAGAACAUAGUAAUUUCUUUGAUAUAAGAAGACCUUCUCCUACACACUCUGCGUUGUAUGUUACUUUGAAAUUUCCUUUACCAAACAUUGUUCAGCAAUUUCUGCCUUCAAUAGUUCAACUCAGAAAAUAUGAAUUAGAAAGAACUCAAAUGAAUAAUCAUUUUCAAGAAAUGGGUGAAUUUUCUGAAAACGACUUGGAACAUUCUCAAAACAUUAACUCAACGGCAUCAGUAUUAUUGUCGGAAGAAAGGGUGAAUGCAACUUCAAAAGGAGGUAAUGCAUGUAAUUUGUCAGAAGAUACUGACAAUAAACUUGAAUGUACUUCAGUUUCAAAUAAACAGCAGCUUGAACAAAAUUUGACUCAAAAAAAGAACAAAGAAGAGAACUUUGGUGUAAAUGAUCAAAUUCCAAGCUCUGUUAAAUCUUAUCAAGCUUAUGAAUGUUGGUUAUGUGUCAGAGAAUUUGCAAAUGUUCUAAUUCAUCAACCAACACAUACAAUGGAAUUAAGAGAAAUUGGGGUUCUAAUGUCUCAAAAAGCAAAGAUUCAAGCUAAAAGAAAUAGUUCAAAGAAAAACUACAAAUCAUUUUUAUUGUCCUACCCAAAAUUGUUUAGGAUUUUUGGUAAAGAUGAUAAUCAUUCUAUUCAAUGGAUUGGGUCCAGCCAAGACUUCAUCAAAUUGAACUCGAUUAAAUACCACCCAUCUCAAUCGGAUGAUGAAUUAUUUAAUGUACCAACUUUAAAUCAAUCACAUUUACAAUUUUUGUUUAAUCUAAACAACAGUUCCAUGUCACUUUCGUGA